AGGACACUUUACAUGGCACCACCCAGCAACUACUCCACUGCUCCUGUCUCUGAAUUCCUCCUCAUCUGCUUCCCUAACUACCAGAGUUGGCAGCACUGGCUGUCCCUGCCCCUCAGCCUCCUCUUCCUCCUGGCCAUGGGGGCCAAUGCCACCCUGCUGAUCACCAUCAGGCUGGAGGCCUCUCUUCAUGAGCCCAUGUACUACCUGCUCAGCCUCCUCUCCCUGCUGGACAUGGUGCUCUGCCUGACUGUCAUCCCCAAGGUCUUGGACAUCUUCUGGUUUGACAAUAAAUCAAUCAGUUUCCCAGCUUGCUUCCUCCAGAUGUUCAUCAUGAACAGUUUCCUGACCAUGGAGUCCUGUACAUUCAUGGUCAUGGCCUAUGACCGCUAUGUGGCCAUCUGCCACCCACUACAAUACCCAUCCAUCAUCACUGACCAGUUUGUGGUUAAGGCUGCCAUCUUCGUUGUGGCCCGGAAUGGCCUUCUGACUAUGCCUAUCCCUAUACUUUCUUCCCGGCUCAGAUACUGCGCAGAGAACAUCAUUAAGAACUGUAUCUGCACUAAUCUGUCUGUGUCCAAACUCUCCUGUGAUGACAUCACCUUCAACCGGCUCUACCAGUUUGUGGCAGGCUGGACCCUACUGGGCUCUGACCUCAUCCUAAUUGUUCUCUCCUACUCCUUCAUCCUGAAAGCUGUGCUAAGGAUCAAGGCUGAGGGUGCUAUGGCCAAGGCCUUGGGCACUUGUGGUUCCCACUUCGUCCUCAUCCUCUUCUUUAGCACCGUCCUGCUGGUUCUGGUCAUCACUAACCUGGCCAGGAAGAAGAUUCCCCCAGAUGUCCCCAUCCUGCUCAACAUCCUGCACCACCUCAUCCCCCCAGCCCUGAACCCCAUUGUUUAUGGUGUGAGAACCAAGGAGAUCAAGCAGGGGAUCCAGAAGCUGCUGAGAACGUUGUAA